GCUCUUAGAUGUUCAAAGACCUGCCUCUUUGCUUCACUUCUCCAAGCUUUUUUGCUGGUGCACUUGUGCCCGGUGCAGGGAGCUGAGCUGGGGUUCGAGGGGCUGAUGCAUCAGCUCGGUUUCAGCACGCUGGACAGCGCUCGGGGAAGUUGGAGAGGACGCGCCGACGCGUAAAAGGAUUUAACUGAAAUCAUGAUCAUGGUUGAUUUUAAGUACUCAUUAGUACCGACGGGCACAGGUAAACCGAAAGCGGAUUUUCUGGCAUGAGACAUGGACUUUGCUGAAAUCCUUUUCGCUUUGUUCAUCUUCGUCGUGGCGGUCGUGUCCCUGUUGUCAAACUUGUUGGUGCUGCUAUGUUUCGUCCACAGCGCCGAGAUCCGCCGACAGGUGCCCGGUGUUUUCACCAUGAACUUGUCCUUCUGCAACAUUCUCAUCACCGUGUUGAACAUGCCGGCCACUUUGCUGGGGAUUAUCAGGAACCAGCAGCCCUUUGGAGACUGCGUGUGCCACGCGGUGAGCUUUCUGGAGACUUUCCUGACGGCCAACACCAUGCUGAGCAUGGCGGCGCUCAGCAUCGACCGCUGGAUCGCGGUGGUUUUCCCCCUCAGUUACGCCACCAAGAUGCGCUACAAGGACGCGCUGAUCAUGGUGUGUUAUUCCUGGCUGCACUCCUUCACCUUCUCCCUCACGGCCAUGCUCUUCUCCUGGCUCGACUACAGCCACGUUUACGCGUCCUGCACCCUGCAGGCCAGCGAGGAGGAAGGCGGCGACAGGAUUAAGUUUACCAUCUUCACCGUGGUUUUCCACGCCACCAGCUUCAUGCUCUCCCUGCUCAUCUUGUGUUUCACGUAUUUAAAAGUGCUGAAAGUCGCCAGGUUUCACUGCAAGAGGAUUGACAUCAUCACAAUGCAGACGCUUUUCCUGCUGGUCGAUAUACACCCAAGCGUGAAACAAAGAUGUUUAACAGAGCAGAAGAGGAGAAAGCAGAGAGCCACAAAGAAGAUCAGCAUCUUCAUAGGCUCAUUUAUCAUCUGCUUUGCUCCUUAUGUAAUUACAAGGUUGGCCGAGCUUCUCCCAUUUGUGGACAUCAACCGUCACUGGGGAAUCAUCAGUAAGUGCCUCACGUACAGCAAGGCUGCGUCCGACCCCUUCGCCUACUCCCUCCUACGUCAGCAGUACAAGAAAGUCCUGGUUACCGUCGUCAACAGGCUGCUGCGCCGUGACCUCUACCCUUCAUCCGGACACAACAGCUCUUUAGACACUGAGAACGACUACUGCCUCCAGAGGAUCAGCUAAUGGCAAGCGCGAAAAGACAUGGCAGAUACAAACCACAGCACCGGCCAAAAAUAAAGGUUAGCUCUUGAACGAAAGUGGGUGGAAGGGAUGGAACGAA